CGUACCCGGCGGCCAUUGACCAGCGCACCCUGCAGGAGGAAACGGCCCUCUACCUGGCCACGUGCAGGGAACACCUGGACUGCCUCCUCUUGCUGCUCCAGGCGGGGGCAGAGCCUGACAUCUCCAACAAGUCCCGCGAGACGCCCCUCUACAAAGCCUGCGAGCUCAAGAACGCCGAGGCGGUGCGCAUCCUGGUGCAACACCACGCGGACACCAACCACCGCUGCAACCGCGGCUGGACGGCGCUGCACGAGUCUGUGUCCCGCAACGACGUGGAAGUCAUGGAGAUUCUGGUGCGCAGCGGCGCCAAGGUGGAGUCCAAGAACGCCUACGGCAUCAGCCCCCUGUUCGUGGCCGCCCAGAGCGGGCAGCUGGAGGCUCUGCGGUUCCUGGUCAAGCACG